AUGCACCAAGAUGGUGGCAAUACCGGGACAGUCGAUAACUGGGGCCCACUAGGAGCUGAGCUGGAUGUUUCAAGUGCUCUUGAGGGUCUACACAUUCUACUUUGGACUAAGAGUGGCCAGUUAGUCACCGGCUACACAGGUAUUGGACUCAGUGGGAUGAAAUGGGGACUGGCCGCGGUCGAUAAUGAGACAAUGGGUGUUCAAGCAACCUGGUACCCCGAGGUAGAUGGCCAGACCUUGAAUGUGGCAUAUAUGGAACUGCUUUUGGACAAAGACCAAAUCGUGGUGACAUCCAAAGAGGGCCAGAUUUACGUUGUUCAACUAUCCACUUCCGAAGGGUCGCCCAGUCUAGAUCUCGUUCAAACUUACAACUUGGAUUCUGUUCUGGCCCCUGGUGAGCUUCUCAUCAAUGCAAUGUAUGAUACCGAUGGCAAUUUGUGGUUUACCAGUGGUGGCUUGCGAUCUCAGGCCGAGGGCGGCCAUGGAGAUCCUGCGCAAAACUCCACCACCAUUGGAUAUAUUGAGCCCACGGGGUCCUUCCAUAUCCGCCACAUCCCAAAUGAAAUGGUUGAGAAUGGUAUCGCUGUCACAGGAACUACCGUAUAUGUGGUUACAGGGCCCUCUGGUACCAAAGAUCAUGAGAACGCAACUGGUACUCUCUAUUCGCUUACCUCAGGACCUGGAACUUCCAUCAAGACACUUUGGAGCAUUCCCUAUGAUGCUGGUGAUGUGAAGAAGCCUGGUUCAUUUGCGCGUGGCUCCGGUGCAACCCCGGCACUUCUUGGAGACCAGUAUGUGGCCAUCACUGAUAAUGCAAACGGCCGUGUCAACCUAGUCGUUUAUCAUCAGACAGCGCAGCAUGAUUCUUCGCAGACCAUUUGCAGUGUCCCGUUAUUUGAAUCGGGGCUGAGCAAUGUCGACAUUGCACCUCUAACACAUGGCGAUGGCAAUACCUACGGUGUGAUGCUUUGCAAUGACUACAAUGCACCAACGCUGUACUAUGUGGACUCGGGCCUGAAUGGGGACUUUAAUAACCUGACAGCCAUGGCUCCAGGGGUGAUCCGCGUCGAUGUCGCCGCUGAUGGCAGUUCCUGCAAAAUCGCCUGGGAGAAUGACCUCAGGGUCCAGUCGGUUCCCAUUCUUUCCACCCAGAACGGCCUUGUGUAUGGUUAUACACAAUCAGUGACCGCAUCUUUGAAGGGUCUCUAUGAAUGGUAUGCUGUCGCAUUUGAUUGGCAGACAGGAAAAGAGGCCUGGAGAGUGCGAGCUGGCGCAGGGGGAACUUACAAUGAUGACUAUCAGCCUGGGGCUCUUGGGCCAGAUGGAAGUUUCUAUCAAAGCGUGAUUGGAGGCUUGGUCAGGUUCAGAGACGGUGCAUGA